GCUCUGCUUCCAGUGCUCCGAAGGGGAGGAAGAAGAAAGGAAGAGGAGCUGCUCUUUCGGACAUCAUUCGGAAGGAGCUCUGAAGGAAGAUGGAGAAAGAACAGCAGCCCCAGAAAGACUGUCCCAAACCACACCUCAUCUCCUGUCUGGAAGGAAGAGAAGACCUCUUUGACCAGGGCUCCAGAUAAUGAGAAGCAACUUAAGAAAUAUGAGGAGCCACCUGCGACGUCAAUGGAAAUUAUGGAGCCUUUCAUGGAGAAAGAGGAGUUUGGAAAUCAAAAGGAAUUGAAAAGACAAAGGAGAAACCAAAGGAAAAUUGAGGAGAACAACUCCUCUGCAUCUCAGGGUUCUCAACUUUCUGAACAGCUGAUUUCAGACUCCGGUCAAGAAGAGUGUCAUGUCUGUGAGAGAAUGUGCAAAUGUAAAUCACAAUUGAAUACACACUUCAGUGUUUCCAUCAGUCAGAGUGGUAGUCUACGUUCACAUCAAAGAACCCACACAGGGACGAAGCCAUAUAAAUGCAUGGAAUGUGGGAAGAGCUUCAGUGGCAGUGGAACUCUGCGUCUACAUCAAAGAACCCACACAGGAGAGAAACCAUAUAAAUGCAUAGAAUGUGGGAAGAGUUUCAGUCAGAGUGGAAAUCUACAUAAACAUCAAAGAACCCACACAGGGGAGAAGCCAUAUAAAUGCAUGGAAUGUGGGAAGAGCUUCAAUCGGAGUAAUAAUCUACGUCUACAUCAAAGAACGCACACAGGGGAGAAACCAUAUACUUGCAUGGAAUGUGGGAAGAGCUUCAGUCACAAUGGAGAUCUACGUAAACAUCAAAGAACCCACACAGGAGAGAAACCAUAUAAAUGCAUGGAAUGUGGGAAGAGCUUCGGUCAGAGUGGAAAUCUACAUGAACAUCAAAGAACCCACACAGGAGAGAAACCAUAUAAAUGCAUGGAAUGUGAGAAGAGCUUCAGUCACAAUGGAGAUCUACAUAAACAUCAAAGAAUCCACACAGGGGAGAAACCAUAUAAAUGCAUGGAAUGUGGGAAGAGCUUCAAUUGGAGUAAUAAUCUACGUCUACAUCAAAGAACCCACACAGGAGAGAAACCAUAUAAAUGCAUGGAAUGCGGUAAGAGAUUCAGUCACAGUGGAGAUCUACAUAAACAUCAAAGAACACAUACAGGGGAGAAACCAUAUAAAUGCAUGGAA